AACUCCAAUGCUGCUUUACGCAACUUUGAUGACGUUACAUCGGCAUUUCCCGUAGUAACCUUUCCUGCCUGUUGGUGCGUUUGCGCCUCCUGUCUUGAGAGAGAGGUGAAGAAGAGUUUACUUUACAGAGUUCAGGGUUUGGUUGCGGUGUUCGUGUGGAGUAAAGGGUUUUGUCCGAGGCAGAAAGCCCAUUUUCACGGAGCCAAGAUGCUGAACAUGUGGAAGGUUCGGGAGUUGGUUGACAAAGCAACCAACGUGGUGAUGAACUACUCAGAGGUGGAGUCUAAAGUCAGAGAGGCCACUAAUGAUGACGCAUGGGGACCAUCGGGACAACUGAUGAGUGACAUCUCCAGAGCCACCUUCAUGUAUGAGCAGUUCCCAGAGGUGAUGAACAUGCUGUGGGCCCGCAUGCUGAGGGAUAACAAGAAGAACUGGCGGAGAGUCUACAAGUCCCUGCUGCUGCUGGCCCAUCUCAUCAGGAAUGGAUCAGAGAGGGUUGUUACCAGUACCAGAGAACACCUGUAUGACCUCAGAUCAUUAGAAAGCUACCACUUUGUAGAUGAGAACGGGAAGGACCAAGGUGUGAAUGUGCGUCAGAAGGUGAAGGAGAUGGUAGAUUUUGUCCAGGAUGACGACAGGCUAAGGGAUGAACGGAAAAAGUCCAAGAAGAACAAAGACAAAUUCAUCGGGGUAUCCUCAGACAGUAUGGGUUACCGAUACUCGGGGGACAGGUACGACUCCAGCGAUAACAGCCGGGGAAAGUGGGACGACGACUGGGAGAGGAAUAAAGGACAAUUCCCCUUCAGCGAGAAAUUGGGGGAGAUCAGCGACAAAAUCGGCACCACCAUCGACGACACCAUAAGCAGAUUUAGGAAGAAGGAGAGAGACGACUCACCGGAUCGAUUUAGUGACCACGAGGAGGACCGGGGCCGCUCGUCUCACAAUGGCCAGUCAGGAAAAGAAUUCAAAGAUGAAGAGGAGACCGUAACCACCAAGAGUGUACACAUAGUCCAAGCAACAGAGACUACAGCAACACGGAAGAGAGGGGUCCCGUCUAAGACAGUAGACCUUGGAGCCGCAGCCCACUAUGUGGGAGAUAAGAGCCCAGUCACCACCACCAAACAGCCAGCAGCCCCCCAGCCCUCCAGUACCAUCCUAGCUGACCUAUUUAUGGUGGACCCCACACCGAGCCAGCCGGCCGCCACAGACCUGAUCAGUGGAUUUGCUGACUUCUCCUCACCUGCUGCCUCCGGCGGCCUCUCCUCAGUAUCUGCAGCACCUUCCUCGAGCAGUAAUGGAGAGUUUGGAGAGUGGAACGCUUUCCCCGGAGGUCAGAUGCCAGCAUAUGCUCAGACUGUCGACACCGGCGGAAAUGACCUUUUUGGAGCCAUGGCAGGUCUUGCCCCCGCCCUCGCCCCGGCUUCAGGCUCCGGUCCUGCCUCAGCAGACCUGUUUGACUUGAUGGGGCCAACCCAGUCCCUCAGCUCCUCCCAGAGCCUCAACUUUAGCAUGAGCAGCACACAGAGCAUGAGCAGCACCGUCCUGCCCCAGUCUAGGUCACAGGUAUGCAUUACUGCACUCAUACAAACACGCAUCAGGCACGCACAUCCUCCUUUUAAUCAUUUAUUUAUAUACAUAUCAUUACAAGACUCAUGAAGGGUGCUUAAAUUAUACAGCUGGAAACAAAAUAUCCUCAGGAAAAUAACGAUGCACUUUAUAAUUCAGUUUUUAUGAAUGCAGAGCUAGACUGAUACAUUUUAGGAUCAUAUUUUUUUUUAUCGUAGCUAUAUGUGUUGGUUACUAAAAUACAGCAUAUUAUGUUGAUAAAAACACUUAAUGAUUUAAAUCUCUCUUAAUAUCCGUAUUGGCCCAAGAGAAUGACUUGAGUAACUAAAUACCACUUCAGACAUUGUUAACGGUGAUACAUUUGAAAUUCAGUGCAUAUCUAUUGCCUCUCAACGCCUAAAUGUACCCAGCUGUUGGAUGUGUU